AUGUCCCUCAGCAUUAGGUCUUCAAGAGCUCUUCGGAGCUUCCAUCUUUCAUCUCCCCUUCGUCCACUGUGUCAGGCCAGUAGAGGAUAUGCAUCUGCGCCAGAGAAAGACUUGAAGGAGACCCUUAGAGAAAUCAUCCCUGAGAAGCGUGAGAAGUUCAAAAAGUUUAAGGCAGACUAUGGCCAGAAGUCAUUAGGCGAGGUUAAGGUCGAGAACGCUAUUGGCGGAAUGCGAGGGGUCAAAGGUAUGAUCUGGGAAGGUUCCGUUCUCGAUGCCAACGAAGGUAUCCGCUUCCACGGAAAGACAAUCAAAGAAUGCCAGAGCAUCCUCCCCAAAGGAAAGACUGGGCGAGAAAUGCUUCCGGAGGGAAUGUUCUGGCUUCUCCUUACCGGACAGGUUCCAACUGAGGGGCAGGUACGAGCUCUUAGCAGGACUUUUGCCGAAAAUGCGGAACUUCCAGAGUUCGUUGUAAAAAUGAUGGAUGCUUUCCCAACAACUUUACACCCAAUGACGCAGAUGAGCAUUGCUGUAUCAGCACUGAACCAUGACUCAAAGUUUGCAAGAAUGUAUGAGAAGGGAUUGAACAAGGCAGAUUACUGGGAGCCCACUUUCGAUGAUUCAAUCCAGUUACUUGCUAAGCUUCCUACUAUCGCUGCGAAAAUUUACCAAAACACCUAUAACGGUGGUGGACCUCUUCCUAGAUCUGUUGACCUGUCGCAAGACUGGUCAUGGAACUUUGCAGCUAUGCUCGGAAAGUCAGAUAGCGAGGGUUUUGUUGAUCUUCUACGUCUCUACCUGGCACUUCAUGGUGAUCAUGAAGGCGGAAAUGUUUCAGCACACGCUACACAUCUCGUUGGGUCCGCCUUGAGUGACCCAUUCCUGUCUUACUCUGCUGGUCUCCAGGGUCUCGCAGGACCUCUUCACGGUCUCGCAGCCCAAGAAGUACUAAGGUUCAUCCAGAAGAUGAAGACGAAAAUCGGAAAUAGCUACUCGGACUCAGAUGUUAAAGAUUAUCUGUGGAGCCUGUUGAAGAGUGGUCAAGUAAUCCCUGGGUAUGGACACGCUGUUCUGAGGAAGCCCGACCCUAGGUUCCAAGCUUUGAUGGACUUCGCAGCCUCAAGGAAAGAGGUGUCGGAGGGCGAAGUGUUUAAGCUUGUUAAAAAGAAUAGUGAUAUCGCCCCAGGUGUGCUGCUGGAGCACGGAAAGACAAAGAACCCACAUCCGAACGUUGACUCUGCAUCCGGGGUACUCUUCCACCACUACGGUAUUAACCAAGAUCUUUACUACACUGUGACUUUCGGUGUCUCAAGAGGGUUGGGCCCCUUGGCACAAUUAAUUUGGGAUAGGGCUCUUGGACUGCCGAUUGAAAGGCCAAAGAGUUUGAGUAUGGAGGCCAUGAUUAAGUCAUUUUGA